UGUGUGUGUGUGUGUCAGUGUGUGUGUGUGUGAGCAGCAGCUGCAGUAAACGUUUCCGAGGUUGUGGAAGGGAUGACCCACAGUGUAGAGCCGCAGUUAAAGGAAGGAAGUGACAGGUCGCGCUGUGUGAGAGGAUGGAAAGUCAGUAGCUGAGCCGCUGUAACUCGCCCCCACACUAUGGCUGACUUUAAGCGGUCAGAAGAACACAUUAAUAAACUUAUAGUUCGUCUCCAAAACGUGCAAGUGGACAAAUCCGUGGACACUUUGCUUCAGAUCCUGGAGGACCUGCUUCAACACACUUCUGCUGAAAAUGCCUCAAGUUUGUUUCAAAAUAAAAAUGUCUACAUCAAUGUGCUGGUGGUUUUGGAGUCCUACAUCAAUAUUACCAGUAUUCAGCAGGCAGGCUGGUCUUUACUCUAUAAGCUGAUUGAGCUCUGUCCAAGUAUACUUAACAAACUGGCUGCUCCCUGGGACGUGGGAAAGGAUUGGGAUGUACUUGGAGUCCAUAAGCAGAUCCUGAAUUUGUUGUUUGUUCAUAGUACUCAUCCUGCUUUACAGGCACUUGGCAUUAAGGUGCUAACACUCCUUGUUCAUUCAGAUUCAAUUUCAAUGUUGCUGCGAGAUGAGGAUACGGAUAUUUUUACUUUGGUUGUUGAGGCCAUGCGGACCUUUGCUACUGAUUCAAGCAUUCAGAUGCAAGGAAGUCAAGUGUUGUGUGCACUUUUAGAAAAAGUUUCAGAUGAGCAAGUGAUUGAAUUUGUGGAAGGGAAAGAUCAUUGGGUAAUUUUAGAAGCCAUAAAACACUUGCAACAAAAUGAAGAUUCUGUGCUACAUGCCCUGAGGGCUCUACUUCCAUUGGCUAGACCACCAAAUAAUGUGGAAAUUCUGAUGUCUGGAAAUGAAAAGUGUUACACUGUUGUAAUGACUAUAAUGACAUCAUUUCCUGAUAAUGAGGCAAUACAAGACAUUGGUUGCCGUCUGUUUCAGAAGUUCACACUUGAUAAUUUUUACAAUAUUUUGGUAUUGAACGGCGUUCAAGAAGUUAUUGUGAAAGCAGUUGUAAGAUACCCAGCGAAUAGUUCAUUACAAGCUGCAGGUCUAAGUACUUUGGCUCUUUUAACUGAAACAAUAUUUGUGAACAAGGAUCUUGAUGAAAGAAAAGAUGAGGAAGAUCUCUGCUGGCUGGAGGCUUGUUGCAAAGCAUUGGAAUUUCAUAAGGAGAACCAGGAAGUCCAGGAAGCAGCUUGUUGGGCAUUAAACAAUUUACUUAUGUAUCAAAAUGAUCUUCAUGAGAAGUUUGGAGAUGAUGAAACAAGAUUUCCAGUGCACAGACUGGUGAUGGCAGCCAUGUUAUUGCAUUCAACAUCGAAGGAAGUGUUUCAGGCAUCUGCAAAUGCUUUAGCAACUUUGGCAGACCAAAGUGUGCGAAUACGGAAGCUUUUAUUGGCAAAAGGGAUACAUAUCAAUAUUUUAGAUUUAAUGAAGAAACAUUCUGAUUGUUGUGAUGUCCUGGAAAGUGCUUGUAAAGUACUUAAUAAACUGUUCUUUGGAAGUAUCCUCAGCAUAGAUGUCAUGAGCUUGAGUUUAACCAGAAUAGUAAGUUCUAUGAAGAGCUAUGAACAAUUUGUUUCUGUGCAACUGGAGGCCCUUCGAACAAUAUCACAUUUCAUUUGUUCCUUUUGCAAGAUGAAUCCGGAAGAGGUUGGCAGAAAUUUGCAUGAAGAUACAGAAAGAAUGGACUUAAAGCAAAAAGUAAUUAAAAAUCAGUGUUUGUUGGAGGGUGUUCACACAUUGGUUCUUGAAGCUAUGAACAAGUUUGUCGGCAACCCGGCUCUGCAGCAGUGUGGCCUAAGAGUACUGUACGCCAUUUCUGAUUGUUCUGGUUCAUUGGAAAUGAUGACGGCCCAUGGUGCGAUGGACACUGUACUCCAUACAAUGCAGAUCUAUCCACAUGAACGAGAAAUUCAGUGUUUGAGUCUGAAAUUUCUGUUUGUCCUUGCUCCUAAGAAGCAUUUGAGCAAUACAUUGUUAGCUUUAUCAGCAAAAGUUAUAGUGGAAACUUUACUCAGAUUUGAAGAGGACACAGAGAUACAGAUACAGGGUUUCCAAGUUGCUUUGAUGUGUUUCACCAUCUUGCCAUCUGCUGCUACAACUUUCUUCAUGGAGUCCAUUGAUAAAGUUAUUUUUCGCCAGAUGAUACUUCGCUUCAUGGAUGACAGAAAUAAGCAGCUCCAGAACCUCAUUUGUAAAUGCUUGUCCAAAUUGUGCUGUGACAAUGCAAUCAAAAACAAGAUGCUUCAGAAUGCCUGCUCAGAAAACAAUGUCACUAUGGCUGAAUCCUUGAUUAUAUUGGGAGCUGACGUCAAUCAGAAAUCUUGGAGUGAAUCACUUAUUUAUCAGGCUUGUGAAAGAAGCAACAACCCACUUUUAGUAGAACUUUUGCUUAACAGUGGCACACGUGAGCAAGAUAUUCGCAAAUCCUUGGAUGUCAGCAUUAAGAAGGGAGAUGCCAACAUUAUCGGCUUGCUGCUAAAAAAACUUGGAUUAGACCAGAACAAUAAGGCUAUUUGCUUGGGUGGAUGUCGUAUGGGCAAAAUUGAGGCUGCUUGGUUAAGUCCUUUGUUUCCUGAUGAAAAGUUACCUGUUUCAAGAGGUCAAUUAACAAUAGGUACUUCCUUGGCAAAGUUGGUGCUGAGAUAUAGGGCAAAACCUGGGGUGUUGUUAAUGCAUCAUUCAAGUACAAGUUCUGACAUGAGCUACCCUGAGGAAGCUUGGGAAAGGAAUGAUAACUGGAUUUUGCUGCCAGAACUUUCAGCAACUGAUUCAGAGGAAAGUGGUACAUUUUGUACUGAUGAGCUGGAGAGUGAAGGAAGUGAUGUUCCCAUUAGCCAUAACAUGAUUGCUGAAGCAUUCAAUGAGUCUACAGCAACAGAGAGCCUGUACUUCAAACCCUCCUGUACUCAGAGUUCACUUGAAGAUGCUGAGCCUGUAGUGAACCAAAAGCGGAAAUUUGUUCAAGUAGUGCAUCACAAACCAAAUUGUGCAUCCAAAGGGUCCUCUUUAGGAAGUGGACAAGAUCUUGCUCAUGAGUUUGAAUGUAUCAAGUCUUUAGAUCUUUCUGCAAAUGAGCUGGACAAUCUAAACUCCAUAAAUGAGAAAUGUCCAGUCAGCAUGCAACUUGCCACACUGCAAAAAUUGGAUCUGCAUCAAAAUAACCUGAUGGGCUUCUCAAAAGAAUUGUGCACUAUUUUCAAGGGUCUGACUGAUUUGGAUUUGAGCAACAACAAGUUCACCUCUUUUCCUUGCUGUGUGCUGGAAAUGCCUUCAAUUAACACUAUUGAUAUCUCGAAAAACAACAUUGGACAUUCUUUGAUUUUGAAUUUGAACACUAGAUGCACUACCCUCAAACAACUAAUUCUGUCUCAGAAUCAGCUCUCCUCUUUCCCAGAGUGUCUUGGUGAAGUUAUAACUAAAAUAGAGGAAUUGUUUCUUAAAGGAAACAAAAUUAGCACAGUUGUAUCUUCACUGUGUUUGACUGAACUUAAUCUACUCGAUCUUAGUCAGAACUGCAUCACGAUCAUUCCAGAUACGUUCCUAAUCCAGUGCCCCAAGAUGGAAAUAUUCAGAGCCUCGGAGAAUCAUCUUAGUAUAUUAUCCGGUUUGCCGUCAAAAAUCACUGUAAUCGAACUGGCCAAUAACAAUUUUCAUCAAGUUCCAAAAGCAGUUCUACAGCUUCAACACUUAAGGAGCAUUAACCUAAGUCACAAUAAAAUAUCAGAGCUUCCCAGGCCUGUACUUUGGGCAUCUUCCAACAUAAGGGAGCUCAUAUUCAGUCACAACCAAAUCAGGGUUCUGGAUCUCAGUGAAGGAAUGAACAAAUGGUCAAGACUAGGAAAACUCGAUCUUAGCAACAACAACUUAAAGGAGCUACCCCUGCAGAUUGGUCUGCUAGGAAACUUAACCUCCUUGCUCUUGAGUUACAAUUCUGACUUGAGAUCCUUCCCAAAUGAGAUGGGAAAGCUGCACAAAUUAUGGGAGCUUGAAAUGCAAGGGCUGGACUUGGAUUUGGAUUUAAAACAUGUGGGCAGCAAAACCAAAGAUAUUAUAAGAUUUUUACACCAACGUCUGAAAAAAGCAGUUCCUUACUACCGAAUGAAGUUGAUGAUAGUGGGAAAUGUUGGAAGUGGUAAAACAACGUUGCUUCGGCACCUAAUGAAAUUAAAGCGAUCUGAAACUGGACCAGAAAAACCCACUAUUGGCAUUGAUGUAAAGGAGUGGGUAUUUCAAGUUAAAGAAAAAAAAGGAAAGAGAAAAGAGUACGUGUUGAAUGUCUGGGAUUUUGCAGGCCAAGAAGAAUUUUACAGCACACAUCCCCAUUUUAUGUCUCUACGAGCCUUGUACCUCGUUGUUUACGAUCUUAACAAAGGAGCUAGUGAAAUUGAUGCUAUCAAACCCUGGCUCUUCAAUAUAAAGGCCCGUGCACCAUCUUGCCCUGUAAUUCUUGUGGGUACUCACUUUGAUGUGACUGAUUUAAAACAUCGAGAUGACUGCAUCAUCAAAAUUAACACUGAACUCCUUCAGCAUCGGGAUUUUCCACCUAUCAGAGAUUACCAUUUUGUGGUCGCGACAGAAGAAUCUGAUUCUUUAUCAAAACUCCGGAAAGCCAUUAUUUGUGCGAUACAGACUUUCAAGAUCAGAGACCAGCCAGUAAUGGGUCAGCUGAUUCCCCACAGUUAUAUGGAGCUGGAAAAGAGGAUUGUUCAAGAACGAAGGGUGGUUCUAUCAGAAUUCCCAGUGAUCCAUCACCAGCGAUUGUUGGAAAUUGUUCAGGAGAACCAACUGCAGUUGGAUGAAAAUGAACUACCCCAUGCUGUACACUUCCUCAAUGAAUCCGGAGUUUUGCUGCACUUUCAUGAUCCAGUACUUCAGCUACGAGAUCUGUAUUUUGUUGACCCCCAAUGGUUGUGCAAGAUGAUGGCACAGGUUGUGACUGUUAGAGCUGCAAGUUUUCCAAAGCAUCCACAAGGGAUUAUUUAUCGUUCUGAUGUUGAGAAGUUUCUAUCACAGAAAAACAGUUUCCCUCGUAAUUACAUGUCGCAAUAUAUAAAACUGCUGGAAAAAUUCCAAAUUGCAUUGCCUUUAGGAGAAGAGCAAUUACUUAUUCCAAGCAGCUUGCCUGAUCAGAGACCUGUAAUUGAACUUCCUCAUGAUGAAAACUCUGAAUUGAUAGUAAGGCUUUAUGAGAUGCCAUACUUCCCGAUGGGAUUCUGGUCCAGACUUAUCAAUAGACUGCUGGAGGUUUCUGUUUACAUGCUUGGUGGACGAGAUCUAGAGAAGCCUUUACGUUCAAAUAGGACAUACUGGAGACAAGGUAUAUACCUGAUCUGGUCACCAGAAGCUUACUGCCUUGUGGAAUCAACUAUACUGGACAAUAAACCAGAGAGUAUUCUGAAAAUAACUGUCCCAUGUUGCAGGAAAGGCUUCAUCUUAUUGGGCCAGAUUGUGGAUCACAUUGAUUCUCUCAUGGAGGAGUGGUUUCCAGGUUUGUUGGAGACUGAUGUGAAUGGGGAAGGAGGCACUCUUUUGAAGAAAUAUGUCAUGUACAGCUUUGAAGAUAGUCAAGAAUGCCAGCAGAUGUUAUUGGAUGACCUGAUUGACAUAGCUGAAGAAGGGGACUUUUUGUCUAGUCCUACUGAUAGAAGCAACAGGAUAUCUAUAUCUCGAGUUGCCCCAGACCUUGUGCUGAGUGAUCUACCUCGGAAUAUUAUGCUGGAUCGUAACCACCUUGAGCUGGAGCAAACACCUGACUUUCUAUUAGGUGAUGGAGGAUUUGGGUCUGUCUAUCGUGCAUCUUAUAGAAGCGAGGAAGUGGCUGUUAAAAUUUUUAACAAACAUGUGUCACAAAUGCACCUUCAUCGAAUGCUGAGACAAGAGCUCGCAGUUCUUAGUCAUCUACAUCACCCAAGUUUGGUCUCUUUGUUGGCGGCUGAUUUCCGACCACGGAUGUUGGUAAUGGAAUUGGCACCUAAAGGUUCCCUGGAUCUUUUUCUUAAUCAUGAGAAAGGCAGUCUUAAUCGAACUCUUCAACAUCGGAUAGCUCUACAUGUGGCUGAGGGCUUAAGAUAUCUGCAUUCAUCAAUGAUCAUAUAUCGAGAUAUGAAACCACACAAUGUGCUGCUUUUCAACUUAAACCCCAAUUCUGCCAUAAUUGCCAAAAUUGCUGAUUAUGGCAUUGCUCAGUACUGCUGCAGAAUGGGAAUCAAGAGCUCUGAGGGCACAGCAGGAUUUCGAGCCCCAGAAGUUGCAAAAGGAAAUGUCAUCUACAAUCAUCAGGCUGAUAUAUAUUCUUUUGGAUUACUUUUGUAUGAUAUUAUCACCAAUGGUAGAAGAAUCAUAGAUGGAAUGAAGUUUUCAAAUGAGUUUGAUGAGUUAGCAAUUCAAGGAAAAUUACCAGAUCCAGUCAACGAAUAUAAUUGCUCUCCAUGGCCUGGUAUCCAAGACUUAAUUGAGGAUUGCCUGAAAGAAAACCCCGAGGACAGGCCAACAGCUUUUCAGGUGUAUCAGACUCUGAAUUCAGCAGAACUACUCUGCUUGAAGAGAAGGAUAAUUAUACCCAGUAACUUGACAGGAGAAUGCAUGGUGGCGACUAAUCCAAUUUGCAAACAGCCUGGAGUUUGGAUUGGUACCGGAAAAAGAUAUAAGGCACAACUGUCCUCUUUGGAGUUGAAUACUGAUAGACAGACUGUUGUGGAUAUCGACGACAGUCGCAUUUUAUGCCUGGAACUAAUAUCUGUAAUUGGUGAGCAAGAUAAUUGGGUGGUUGCUGGCACACAGUCUGGGCAUCUGUGGGUAAUCAACACAGAGAAUGUCAAAUCCAUUCAUCAGCUUCGGAAAAUGUCUGAUUCUAUUACCUGUUUGUUCUUCACCUAUCAUUCGAAACAUAGCAAAGAAGAAAACUUUCUGUUGGUGGGUACAGCAGAUGGAAAACUUGCAGUAUUUAAGGAUACAACAGUGAAGUAUCAAGAUGGUGCACCACUGAAAGUUAUAGACAUUGGUGACGUGAGCACUCCUUUGGUGUGUCUGAACAUAUCCCAGAAUUCAGGACAGAGUGUCAUUUGGGCAGGUUGUGGAACAAAAAUCAUAUCAUUUACCAACGAUUUUACAGUUCAGAAAAUGAUUGAUACAAAAACAAAUGUUCUUUGGCAGCAAAAGUAUCACAGUGAUGGAAAUAUUAUCACAAUGGCGAUUGACAAAUAUAUUUAUUUGGCAAAAAAGAACAGUCAUGUUGUUGAACUAUGGGACAAAAAAACUGAUCGCCUCAAUGUGUCAAUUGACUGUGCUUCACUUCUUAAAAAUGACAAGAACCUGGACACUUAUUCUGCAAGAGUAAAAGCACUUUACCUUCAAAAGAAUACUGCUCUUUGGAUUGGGACAGGAGGGGGGCAUAUCAUAUUGUUAGACCUUUCGACUCAGCAACCAAUUCGAGUGAUUCCUAAACUAUGUGACUCUAUCAGGUGUAUGGUAGCUGCGCAAAUUGAAAAGGGAAAUCCAUAUACAGUAAUGCUAAUCCUGGGAAAUAUUUGUAAGGAUUGUCACGAAAGCAACAAAUGGCAAAGUGAAUUACAGGCACACCUGUUUGUUUGGGAUAUAAAUCUUCCUUACGAUAUUCAAAAUUUGAAGAAGCACACUGACAUGAGAAGAGAAAUUACUGAAAAAAUGCGAACUGGUUUGUUGGAAUAAUGAUGUUCAUAAUGUGUCUUGAGAACAAUCUUUUAUAAAAUUUGCAUUUUAUAGUCUUUUUUGGAUUUUGGAGAUCAAAGUGAUACAUGAGCAGAAUAUUUAGAUACUCGUAUUAUAUUUACCACUAUUAUGUACAAGUUUUUUUUAAUCAAAACAAUAUAAUAUCCUCUUGAAGUCUGAUGUUAAAUAAUGCACAUGUGUUAUUAUUUCAUGCAAAAUCACUUUUAUGGUGAUGAAGUGUAAAGUUGAAAUAUACUAAUUAUUGAACUAUAACUAGCAAAUUUUAACUUGCAUAUCCACAUUAUUAACUAAGAACAUAAGAAUUGCUAGAUGAAAGAAAACCAAGGUCCAUUAUCACCCUUUGUGGCAGUCGCUUGCACAUGUCAUGCCCCAAACUAUAUACUGCAUUGUACAAUGCAAUACAAAGUUACAUUUGUAAAGCGCCUUUCAUGUCGCCAGGCGCUGAAAAUGUACUGAAACAGUACGUGAACAGUAUAUAUAUAUAAUUAAUGUUUCUGAAAUGGAAGGUUGCUCCUGCAGUUAUUUGGAAUAUUUUUCUCUUGUGAUGGAGUUGAAGUCAGUGAUCUGCAGUCAAGUUCACACUGUAGUUCAUUCUUUAGCUCUGCCUUCUUGGCAGCAUCAGUUCGAAACAUUGAAGCAGACUGUUGGAAGUCAACAGUGACCAAACAAACAUAAUGUUAAGAAAAUUAUUCUACACCAUUUUGCUCAAUCAAUAACAAGAGGAAUGCUGAGGGUAUGUUCAGAGGAGCCUUUUAUUAUCUUCUGCCUAUUAUUUAUGAGGGAACUUUGAUUCUUGUAUCCAUAUUGUUUUAAUUGGAACAGGGUUAAUAUAGGACUAUUGAACCUGUUGAGAGCUUACAAGCUAGAAAUGUAUUCAGAAAUAAUUUUGAUCUAAAGUGCUGUAUUGUUUGGGAAUAGAGAUCAUUCAUGCAAAUCUGUUUUGUGUUUAUACUAUUAGUAGUAUAAUGAAGUGCAGCAAGAAGCCAGGUUUAUUCUACCUGCUCCACAUUACUUUCAUUUGGUAUUUACAAUACAACACAAAAUGACAUUUGUAUAGCGCCCUUCAUG